UUUCGGUUUUCAUGUAGUGGGUUCUACUUCUCCGUACUGGGUUUCGAGUAUUAUCUUUUAAAGAUGGGUAAUUAUUUUGUUUCCAGUUCCCGGGAACUUAAGAGCGCAUGAAAUGGAACUUGUUCACAAAAUUGGUUAUUCCCGUUGAAUAUAGUGAUUAGGGAUAAUUAUGUUUGCUUUUGAGCUACUCUGUUCUGCGAUCAUAGUUUGUGAUUUAUGCUCUUUUCUUUUUACUUGUGAUUAUGUGUACUGUUGACCUCAUGAUGACAGUGAUCUUGAUGGUGGUCUGAUAUCUUUUGACAAAUUCGAUUUUCUUCUGGUUGGUUGUAAUAAUUGUUGGAGUUAAUAUGGCCAUACGUACUCGAGGAUGUUUCCCUUUUACUCAUGGCAAAUUGACAUUAUCGGACCAUUUUUAUUUUGUUGUACAUAAUCUAAUCUUGCUUAUUGGUUUGUGCUUCUUUCCCCUUUAUAUGGUGUUUUCAUUUCAGUGCUUUUAUGUUCUUAGUGCUCAUAUGUUCUUUCCUUGGGACCAUGAUUUUUCACCAUAUAAAUCAAAUUUAAAUCUCAGUCCACCAACUAAAAUUUAGCCACUGUUCUUAGUUCAAAUUUCAGCUUUAGGAUUACCUAUUGUUGUUUGGAGAUGAUUUUUUCUUAUGUUUCAUAUUCUUGAUACAGAAGCUCUUUGAGGUCUAGAUGUUUAUCAUUAAUUCUGCUGUUUGCCUGGUGCAUCUUGUAGAAGAUUUUGUGAAUACUUGUGUAUGGCAAUCUAGUUAAGUUUUUUUUUAUUUCAACGGUGGGAUGUUUUGUGCAGAAUGCUGCAGUAUGUACUUUUUUUUGUAAUGGUUAUAUGACUGUGAACAGAUUUUGUGGGUUGAAAAAUAGGCAAUCUUGGUAAUCCAGGGCUAUCUCCUAUCAACUCUCUUGUUCUUGCUUUUUUCUUGAUAUAGUGAAACAUUAUGCUGGGUUUUUUUUGAUCCAUUGCUGAGUAUUCAUAUAUUAUCUUGCUUAGUCAAAUGCUGUUGAUAUUGUUACAAAUUACUUUUGGCCUGUGAUUUGAUUUGGGCACUAGUUACUUUGGUACUUUGCCUAUCGCUGAGAUGACUCUGAUAUAUGUAGCUUGCCCUUUUACCUGCAGUUUAUCAUCUGAAUCCUCACUAAAGUCUUAAACUAGUGGAAUGUCGUGAAAGAUGGAAAGCAAGCAAACUACACCCAGUGUCAUAGCAAAGUUGAUGGGUUUUGAUGAACUUCGGCCUCAACAUGUGGCUCCCAGACCUGUUAAAGUGUUUUCUGAGGACUAUCUUCGCAAAAUUGCUUCUAUUGCAAUGUUAGAGAAGAGCUCAGUUCAUCUGAACCACUCGCUUAGUGGAACUGGAGGCAAACAUCAUAGCUCUGUCCAUCUGAACCACUUGCCUAGUGGAAGUGAAGGCAAACAGCAUGAUAACAAGCAAGUGUUUGAUGUAAAACCAAAUCAAAGUACAGUACUAGCACGGCUUGGUUUUGCAAGGCAGAAAAUAGCAAAUGGUUCAGAUGCAUAUCCCAUUGAUUUGCAGAAUUUUCAUGCAGAUCAACCUAAAGAUGUGCCGAAACAUCUCCUUGAAGCCAGGACCUCCAGCAAGAUGUCAUCAAAGAGGGUGGUCUUGAAAUCUGCUCAGAAAUUUGGGGAUCAUUCUGGAGAAUCAGGUGCUGAUCUGGGUGACUUAUCGAGAACUCCUUCAGAAUUGAAAGAUAAGGCAAGCAACUUGUCAAAGAUAGUUGUGCUCAAUCCUAAUUCUAGAAAUGUGCAUCCAUAUGGAAGGAGUUUAUUUAUUGGCAGUGAUGCACUUCAUCAGGGUAGUAAUGGAGAUUAUAUGGAGCACGAGUCUUGCUUAAAGCCUGCAAGAAAAAUAAUACUAAAUGAAAAUAAAAGCAGGGACCUGGUAGGGGAUAUCAGAUUGGUUGAUAAAAAAGCUGCCCUGGAGGAAUCAAUGGAAGCCAGAAUUAAUCUUAGGGGUUCAUCACGAACAAGAAGUAUCGUCAAGGUCCCUUCUGUGCAUUUAUCUGAAGCUUCAAUAACUCCUUGUCAGGGUUUUUUUAACUUGAGAAAAAGACAGAAAAUCUCAAAUCAAGUUCUUAAUGGCUCUUCAUAUUCACGGGUAGCAAAUUCUAAUAUUUUUGAACGAUGGAAGGCUGCUAAAUACAGUGGAGAACUUGCAGUGCCAGGUAGGAGAAUUACAUCUGGUCAAAUGUUUGCUGUGCAUGAUGGUGCAAAGCUAGAAACAAUAAGCUCAAGUGAAUCCUUUAGCAGUCCAAAGGACAAUUCAGAGUUAUGUAUUAGUAUGUUCCACAGAAGCAAAGUUAUUUCAACAAAUGAGUAUAUUAGAAAUCUACCAAGUCCUGUACGUAAAGAAAACUCAGUUGUUGCUGAUCCUGAUCCUGAGAGCAGCAUUGAAGCUUCUCAAAGCAAAUGUCACGGGCUAAAAGAAACUGGAACAGGCUACAACUUCAGUUCCAACACUAUUCACUCAGGUGGAAAUGAUAUUCUCCCUCUAAAAGUUAACCAAGGAUUCCAGGAUGAAUCAGAUUCUUACAUGGUUAAGGAGGCAAAUGGCCAUGGCUUGACUGAUUCUGGGGAUGACUUCUUUCAUCAGAAAUCCUCUUAUAAUUCUUUCAAAGGAGAAUUGAUUUUAACAUGUACAGCUGGUGACUUGGGUGACUUGGGGUCUGUCAAGAACUUGAGGGAAAAUUACCAGGCUAGUCCAGAUUCUGUUCUGGAACCUGCUUUAAAAGAAGAGGAUGGCCAAUUCUCUGAAUCAAGUUGUUCUUUUACGGAUCUCAGAGGCCUUGCAAUGAAACUUAAUCUUCUCAAUAAUGAGUCUUUAGAAGAAAUAAGUUCUGAGGGAUCUGUAAUGGCUGUGUCAAGUGAUGGUGAUACUGAAAAGGGAUCUGUUGAUCUCUCUGAGGAUUGCCAGAAGCAAUGGGGACCAUCGAGGCCUGAAGAAAGUAGGGAUUUUUCCUACUUAAUUGAUGUUUUAGAUGAGGCUGUAUUGUUUGGAUUACAUUUACAUGUAUGGAGUGAGGCGUGGCAUGAAACAGAAAAUCCUCUGAGCCCUUCAGUAUUUGAAGCAUUGGAGAAAAAAUAUGGGAAGCAGACAUCAUGGCCAAAGUCAGAGAGGAGGCUUUUGUUUGACUACAUAAACUCUGGAUUGAGAUCCAUUCAAGAUUCGUAUCUGGAUUUUGGAUUGUCAGAAAAGCCUUUAAGAAAAAGACUCAAAGCCACCCUAAGCAAAGAUGAUAUAGAGGAAGAGUUGUGGAUGCAACUCACGCAUGAAAAAGAAGCCAAAAGAGACUCGUCCGAGAAAGCUUUUGGGAGUGAACUGAAGUGGUUGGAGUUGGACGAGGAUAUUAGCAUCAUCUGUAAGGAAAUAGUAGAUUUUUUGUUUGAUGAGCUCGCAACAGAGAUUUGCAGUACAUAAAGGAGGUUCUUUCUUUUUCCCAACAUCUGUUUUUUUAUUGGUUCGGCUGUUCCCUUUAGAGCUUGUAUAUGUGCAAUUUUGUAAAGAUUAGGUAAAGGUUAAUGAAGCAGAUUGAAAGCUUCGUUUAUAGAGUCAGUAAUACUGUCUACCACGCAGAGCAGAAGACUUGUGAAGGUUAAUGAAGCAGAUUGAAAGCUUCGUUUAUAGAGUCAGUAAUACUGUCUACCACGCAGAGCAGAAGACUUGUGCUUGAUGUUGUGAGUUAAAAGAGUAUAGAGAAUACUUGUAUUUGAUGAAUUCAUGGUUUCUUUGUCCAUUCUUGAACAAGAAUUGUUAUUUAUGCAUAGUGAUGUUGAAAUCUUGUCUCCUGUGUAAAUGAAGAAAAAAUCUGGAUUUUGAAUGAGUAGAUGUAGAUCCAAGGAAGAAAGAGUGAGAUUCUUUGCAAACCCAUCAUUUAAAAGUGAACAAUAAUUCAGCAUUAACAAUCCAAAGUUACAUCAAGAAUAAACAGACAAUUCUGAAACAUCAAAUUAAACCCUUCUCAAGAACGAAUUUUUUGGUGAUUAUCACUCAAGUCUAUGGAGUGAGGUAGACAGUGAAAUGAGUAAUGGUCUCAACACCGUCAGUUGUGUGCUGGUCUUCAUGGUGAAGGUCAGUUUCAAUGGUUGCAUAACCUUUUGCAUUUUCAUAUUUCCCAGUUCCCCCAAUGAUUGCAAGGUGAGAAAUUGGUGUAGCCGUCCUAUGAAUUCCAAAGAAACUAAUGGCAUCAUCAACUUCUUGAUUAUUACCACCAUGAAACAAUGCUGUUAAAGCCAAUGUAUGGCUGCUGCCAUCCAAAGAACUGGCCAAGUAAAAUCCCUGAGCUCUGCCGAGGACAGCAGAAUCCAGUUCUCGGCCUUCUGUGAUUUGGUUGUCGACAACAGUGACUGAUCCAAACAUAAGCUGCUGAAGGGUGAGCCCUGCAGGAAGCUGCCCUGCGGUGACAAAGGGUUGGUUGUUGGCAGUGUUGACGUUGUUGCCGCCAUUGCUGUUGGAGAGAACGGUGUUUGGCUGUUGACCAUUGAGACCAACAAGGAAGGGGAAAUUGUUGUUGUUGAUGACUCCGUUGAUUGUGUUGAGUGGUACUCCUCCAUUGAGUGGAAAGAUUUGGUUGUUGGGCUUGGAGAAAGGUAGUCCAUUCGCAUCAGUAUUGGCUAUGACUCCUGUGACAACCCUGCCUGAAGGGUGAGAUCCACCAAGAAUGUCAUGCAUAAAGAAAGACAAUGUAGCUUGGUCCGGAUUUCCGGCUACAGCUGCUCCUGCUCCUGCUCCGGCUCCAGCAGCAGCACCAGCGCCGCUGGCAGCCGGGUUGGCUCCUGUUGCGGUAACAGGAUUAGUAACAGGAGAGGCAGCGGUGGCAGUUGGAGGAACAACUGAAGCUGGUCCUGUUGUUGGUAAUGGAACGGAAGCUGGUGGUGCUUGGUUGACAGGGUUAGCUGGGAUUUGGCCACUGGGUAAUGUAGAGUCAGGGGCGACUGCAGGGGCUACAUCAGGAUCAUCCACUUCAACAGGAUCGGCCGGUACUGGCGCCGUCGUGGGCAACGGUGUAUCAGGGUUCUCCUCAUCGAGGAUUCUGGCUGAGCUUGCAGAAUCAAAAGAAAAGGCAAUAAGGAAUAAGCAGAUGAUGGUUUUGAUCAGCAUUUUAGAGCUGAUAAGAAAAUGUUUUGCCAUUUUGUAUGUAGGAAUAGUUUCUUGUUCAGAAUGCAGAAGAGAGAGGUUGAGGAUUGAGAGUUGAUUCUGGAU